AUGGGCACUUUCGCUUUGAAAAAAAAAUUAUUACAGAAACUAGGACCCGUAUGCCCCCGUAGUUCCCCUAUUGCAGCACAGUGCCGCGUCAAAGGCAGUGGCGCCAUCUUUACAACGACAAGCGGAUCACCACCAAACGUGCUGGCCCACAGAUGUACACCAACCGUCGGUCUUGUCUGUAAAAACUCUGAUCAAUCUGGCUCUGGUUGUAGAGACUACGAGAUUCGAUACCUGUGUCCCAAGCCAUCGUCAGUAUGGACCAGGUGGUUCGACCGUGACAAUGCAUCCGGUACCGGAGACUGGGAGCCUUUGUCUGACCAACUGAAACUGGGCGCAGUCUGCCCUGGUGGAGCGAACCCCCUUGGGGCGGAAUGCCGUGAGAGGGGAACCGCAAAUGUUUUUACCCAGUUUUCCGGAAAUCCACCCGACAAUUUGCUCAGGCGUUGCACAAGUGCAGGCUUGAUCUGCAGAAACGCUGAUCAACCAGUUGGGAGAAUGUGCAGCGAUUACGAGAUCCGCUACUCAUGCCCUGCCUAGACUCAUCGGACCAAUGGACGGUGGUGCUGUUGGACCUCCAUCGGAUGGAUCUGGAUCGACCAGAAAAAUUAUUCGUUACCGAAUUGCCCUUUUUUCGAAAUCAGGUCUAACUUUUGCAUGGGUUUCUCAUUUGAAACUUUUUUUUGUGGCAAACAGUCUUUAAAUGAUUAAUUUUACACAUGCUUUUAACGUUUAAGGUAUUAAAUUUUCUUAAUAUCUUUGUUUUUCUCCUUUAUAGAGGUAGAGUAUUCUAAAUGAGAAUUGUAUUUUCGAUCAAAAGUAGUUGCAGUCGAGAAUUUUAAUGCGUCUGU